GUCGUCCAUCACGUGAUUGAAAAAGGAAAUUUAUUUCUCCUAUCAGGUUCUUUUGCGAGCUGUGAUGGUGAAAGAAUAAAAAUGUCCCGUCAGCUUUCACCGUCUGUUUCCUUUUUAUUUUUUUCUUUCUGGGUUCGAGUUUUUAAGUUUUUAACUUAGAUCUCAAAAUCGUCCAUCGCGUUUUCUCUGGGCUCGUCAAGCUGGCCAUGGGUCCCUCCGGCAAAGCCUAGUCGCCGUAGAACUUCACCGCUGCCUCCGAGAGCUUGGUGCUUGUGAUACAGCCUGUAGAGCGUUUUCUCAGACUAGUAUUACCUGCCUGCCAAGUUCGAAGAAUCGCACUCGAAGUUGGUUUCAUUCUGCUCUGCUUGGCUGUGGUUUUGGUGAGUGUGGUAGUUUGUUUAGUGAAUGUUAUGGUGAUGAAAAUGCUGUCUUGGACAUAGCUAUCUUAACGUUGGGCUUCUGUUAUGCCUGGAAUGCUUCUUUUCGAGCAUCUUCACUGUUUCCUCCUUCAUUUUAGAUCAGGGAAUCAUUAUAAUCGUGUAGAUAAUCAAUGUAUGGGGUCUGCCCAGGUGGCCGCAUUAUGACAACAGGUCUGGGAUUGUGGUAAGAUAAGUCGAUUUAAUCCAGAGGGCACAGUAUAUUGGAACGGAUUUCUGUCUGAACAAUCUUCUGAGGAGACUGACUUAUGAUACAUGGAGGAAGUGUUACAUAAACUGCAUUUUUAAUCUGACAUGCUUUCCCCUGAGUUCGACUUUUAUAAUGUUCAUGUCAGCUUUAAUUGUUACCGUGGUGGGCGAAACAUGGUUUCCCUGAAAUUCUCGGCAAACACAUCGAAAUAGAGACUUUUCUUCUUUAAUUGUAUUUUGGUUUCCUACAAAAAGGAUCCAUUUGGAGUUAUGAACUAAGCGUUGACUUGGAUUUAUUUUGAUGGCAUCCAUUAGAAGAACCCUGUCUCCAGUGCCUCGAGCUGGAACUGUAGCACUUGGAGAAGCCUGUUCAGUAGGUUCUCCAUUGUCUAAAUCUUCAUCGAGUCCUCAGAACUGCCCACCAUCCAAUGGAUUGUCAAGUCCUACUGUCAGCUCAUUGGAUUCUCGUGCAUUUCUUCUUGGUGUUUUUUCACCAAGAUCUUUGAGGGCUUUUGAAAGGUCUAAGUCAAAGGGCCAACUUUGGAGGAAGGUGCUUUUCCAUUUCUUUAUAUGUUUCAUGAUUGGGGUUUCUAUUGGAUUGACCCCACUUGCUUCAAUGAACUUAUCCCUGAAUUUCAUGCCCAAGCAUCAAGCCUUCUCCUUUGAGGUUGUAUCUUCUGUUGGAAAUUUUCAGCCAUAUGAUGACGUGAAGAUAAAUGCAACACCGUCAACCAAUGGGGCUGUGAAGUUUAAUGCUACUUUGGACUUAACUUUGAAGGAACGGGGGCUAAUAGACGGGAUAGCACAUAAUAUAUCUACUAGCCGAUUACUCAAUGUGAAACCAUAUUUGGAGUCUCAGAAGCUUCUAAUCAUUGUGACUACAACAUACAAUAGGCCACUUCAAGCAUACUACUUGAGUCGCUUGGCAUACACACUAAAAUUGGUCCCGCCUCCUUUGUUGUGGAUUGUUGUUGAGAUGACUUCCCAAUCUGAAGAAACAGCUGAUAUAUUGAGGAGUGGUGGAGUCAUGUACAGGCAUCUUGUUUGUAAAACAAAUCUAACCAACACAAGUGAUAGGAGCAUUCUUCAAAGAAAUGUUGCACUAGCUCAUAUUGAAACUCACCAUCUGGAUGGAAUUGUUUACUUUGCAGAUGAUUAUAACAUCUACUCAACGGAACUGUUUCAGCAAAUGAGAGAAAUAAGGCGAUUUGGAACGUGGGCUGUGGCUAAACUAUCAGGAGACAAACAUAACAUGGUACUGCAAGGGCCCGUCUGUAAUGGAAAUCAAGUAAUCGGGUGGCACACAAGUGAAUCAGAAGGAAUGCCUCGAAGAUUUCAGGCUGAAAUGUCAGGUUUUGCGUUUAAUAGCACCAUACUAUGGGAUCCAAAGAAGUGGCACCGCCCCACUCUUGAACCUAUCCGGCAGCUCGAGACGGUCAAGGAUGUUUAUCGGGUUAGCACUUUCAUUGAGCAGGUUGUGGAAGAUGAAAGCCAAAUGGAAGGCUUAAUGAACAAUUGCUCCAGAAUUAUGGUUUGGCAUAUUGAUCUUGAAUCUGCUAUUUCCUUCUAUCCUCAGAAAUGGAUUGUUGAGAAUAACCUAGAUGUCAUUGUUCCUCUGACCUAACAUGGAGGCAUUCUAUAUGCGACUGGUGUAUAUAUGCUUAUGAAACCUUCAUAAUCCUAAUGAUCCUGCUAUUUCCAUUUGCUUAAAACAGCUGCUAUUUAUUUUGGUGACGUUUUAUACCCGGAGGUAUUUGUUUCUUAGAUUAUACGUAAAAUUUACUGAACAUUACUCCUCAUUGAAGAAAGACAGGACGUAGGAAUAUUUGCUCCUAUCAAGUAACCUGUCUCAGACGAAUCUCCCUCUUUCAAAUUGCUUGAAGAAGAAAAAAGUUAGAUGCUGCACAUCAAUGGAUGCAAAUUCUGGACAUAAAUCCCUUUUCCACAUAUGUUACCCAACAUAGAACUCAUCCUUCUUGCGCUUCUCCAUGGCUCUCUCAUAGCCUGCGUCCUUCUCGUGGCUGUCUUCAUCAUCUUAGUGGGUCUUCUCGCAGCUUUCUCCCUCGGACUCUUGCUGGUUCUAGUAUUGGAUUUGCACGAAUUUUCUUCAGUGGUUUCUGAGUAUUCAGAAAUGGUGAAAGAUGAUGUUAAAUUGGGCAUCGUUUUAGUUUUCGCUUACCUAAUGUAUCAAGCUGUUGAAUAUGUUGUGGAUUCAAGACCUUGGCUUAAGAGCAAGGCCAAAGAAUUCAAAGGCAAAAACAUGACGCGACAUCGGGUAGUCUUAUUCGUGUCUUGAAGAUUGACAAAAACUUACCCCUUGUAAUCAUCUCCACAGCUAGGGUUUCUUCAGAGCGCUUAAUCUGUGACAUUCAGCGCUCUUGCUCGAGAGCAGGACGGGGAUGAACAAGCGUUUGAACUGCGAAGCCCAAUUACGUGAGCGUCGCCUAUUUGUACAUGACCUCAUUGCCUCUUUAUAUGCUGCUUCAAUAAUUUCUUCACAUACAAUGCCUUGAUGCAAUUAAAAAUCAAUAAAAUUGUCAUCUCACCUGUA